CCAGCGGGUGUGUGAGAGUGUGUUUCAGAAGGCUAUGCAGAGUGUUCAACAAACCGCAAGUGUUUCCUGCGCAGGGGAGCUGAGAGAUCAUGGGGAGGACCAGCCUGUGCAGGAUGAAAAAAAGGAAACACAAGCUGUUUCUGUUCUGUUCAGUUGGACUUUGUGUGGUCUCUUUCCUCUAUUGCUAUAAAACCCUCCACCAGGAGUUUCUUCUGCGAGAGCUCUCCCGCCACAAGUCAAGUCUGAAGUCCCUGGCCAUCUUACAUGGGUUCAUUUGGGGAGAUCCACUGACCUCAUCGCUCUCCAACGACAAUUUCUUUUCUAACACUAACAACCACAAAGGGGCAGAAAAGGCAGUGAGGCAAAAGACAUAUGAUGAAAGGGAACAGCAAGUGGCAGAUUUUGUGAUACCUGAUCCUACUGGUCCACAUGGGGAACUUCACAAACGAACAUUCAUUUUACAGGAUGAUCACACCCAAUAUUUCAUCCACACAGAGACGGGAGGUCUGUGCUUCCGUGAGGGGACAGACAUGGCUUCAAGUAAAGUCAAACCAAGCUACACCAAGGACAAUGAAGGUCAAAAGGUAAACCCGGAGCACCACAAGAAAAACAGCACAGUUCUUGUAGAUCGCACGGUCAAGCCGGGUAGGAAGGUUGCAGAGUGUGUUUGCCGCCAAGGUUGGCAUGGCCCUAACUGUGGGGUGCCAACCGUGGUCCAACAUUCAAACCUUCGUACCAAGUCACACCUAAAGCCCAGGAAGUUUCCACGUAGAAUCAUCAAUGCCAUCAACAUCAAUCAUGAAUUUGACCUACUGCAUGUCCGGUUCCAUGAACUUGCAGAUGCUGUGGAUCUCUUCCUGGUGUGUGAGUCAAACUUUACUGCCUACGGAGAUUCCAAAUCACUUACAUUUCUGCAGCUUCUCCUCAAUGGAACCUUCAACUACAUCAAGCACAAAAUCCUCUAUAUUUUCCUUGACCACUUCCCCAAGGGCGGUCGGGCCAAUGGCUGGAUCGCAGAUGACUAUCUGCGGACCUUCCUGACAAAAAACGGACUGUCAAGGAUUCGGGGUCUGAGGUCGGACGAUGUGUUUGUUCUGGAUGAUGCGGAUGAGAUUCCUGUAAAAGAGGGGAUUCUGUUCCUCAAGCUCUACGAUGGCUGGACGGAACCAUUCGGGAUUCACAUGCGGAAGUCCUUGUAUGGAUUUUACUGGAGACAACUGGGAACACUAGAUGUGAUAUCAGGAUGCACCGUGGCCAUGCUCGUUUCGGUCUACAAGGGGGAUGGGAUUCUGCUGAGACGGAGGGAAUAUUUUAGCAUGCCAGGAUUCAGGCAAUUCAAGAAAACCUCAGGACACGUAUUAAUGCCAUGGUCCAUUGGAAGCCCGGUUCACUAUGCUGGAUGGCACUGUUCGUGGUGUUUCAAACCAGAAGGAAUUCAUCACAAACUGAUUUCUGCACAAAAUGGUGACUUUCCUCGCUGGGGAGACUUUGCAGAGAAGCGAAAACUAAGCUACAUCAGGGAGCUAAUACGAACUGGUGGCUGGUUUGAUGGCUCGACACCACACUACCCUCCAACAAAUCCCAGGGAGCACAUGUUUGCUCCCAAGUAUUUGCUGGACAAUUAUGAAAGGUAUCGCUACUUGCUGGAGAAUCCGUACGCAAAAGGGUAAGGAUGAAAGACAGAAACAGAUUUCUGUAUGUAACAUCAUCUUCUGACCAGGAGGGGGGGGUGAAAGCAAGAACGGUAACACUUUCUAUGAAUGUCACCUUUGUAAGCAUC